GCUGCUUGUUGCAUUAAUUUCAUAACCGUAAAAGUUACGAAAACUGCUUGCAAUGGAAGAAGGAAACUCAAUAAUUUACGGACUUGAACAUCAGACUAGAGCCUUAUCUCCUCAAUAUGGAGAGAGCGACGCAAUUAGAUUCCUGAUCGGCACACAAAGCUUGAAGCCGAACACGAACCAAGUGCAUGUUGUUGAACUCGAGGAAGAUACAGGAGCCUUACAUACAAAAGUAUUUAAACAUGAUAUUGGAGAAAUCUGGCAUCUCCGCUGCUCUCCGCACGACACAGCUACGUUAAUGACCACACACAAUGCGUAUGAUCCAGACACUUCUCAAUGUACAAUGGGUGUGUCAAUAUUUAAACUACCAACGACUGAGGUAAUUCCAAAAGAUAUGGAUGACCUCAGUGCAAUACAGGGCAGAAAUGCAGAGGAUAUGGAACUCUUGAAAACUAUAACACCAGAGAAACCAGAAGAAGAGAUACGCUGCGCCGAAUGGCAUUCAACGGAUUCUAAUCGUAUAGGCAUAGUUUUAGAUAACUAUGUCAGUAUUCGUGAUGUUAACACGGGGUCUCAGGUGAUCAGUGUCGCCCCAGAGGGUCGCGCUAGGCUCAAGUUUACUGGGGGCAAAUGGAGCCCACAGGGACAUUGUCAAUUUGCAGUAUUACAAGAUACACAUAUAAAGUGCUUUGACACAAGAACAGACUGUGUCAAAUCUUCUUGGAACAUAGACAACGCGCACCGACAGCUAGCAAGAGAUAUUGACUUCAAUCCUAACAGACAGUUCCACUUGGCGAGUGCGGGCGACGACGCCGCGUUGAACAUUUGGGAUUAUAGGAACAGCAAGCAACCGAUAUUCAGCAGAACUGAUCACUCGCAUUGGAUAUGGACUGUGAGAUACAACACUUAUCACGAGCAACUCCUACUGACCGGGAGCUCUGACGCUAGAGCCCUAUUGACGGCAGCGGCUAGUAUAUGCGACUUAGAUGAUGAAGGAAAGCGUUUGAGCCAAGUGCUGGAGGACGGCGUGCUGCAGUCGUACGAGCAGCACGAGGACUCGGUGUACUGCGCGGAGUGGAGCGCGGAGCCCUGGACCUUCGCCUCGCUGAGCUACGACGCGCGCCUCGUGCUGUCGCGGGUCCCGCGGCACUUCAAGUACAAGAUCCUGCUCUGAGCUGGCGGCUAAUAAAUUAUUAUCGUGUA